GGUUGCUUAGGAGCGGCAUGUUCGAGGAGUGAAGCGCAACGUUGUGGACUGGGACAUGGAGGAAGAUUACUUUGAAGGUUCUGCUACAUAGACUGGCAUAAGUGGCAUGAGAGUGGAGCCCCCGCUGCCAUUUCGAUGCUGGAGAAGCAUCAGGGAGUGUUUAGCCCUGCACAGGGUGGAACAGGCAACUCCAACCUGAUCAAACACCACAUUCAAACAGGUAACAGCCCCCAAUACAGCACCAUGCCUACCACACAUCCCCUGACAAGCGGAGGGAAAUAAAGGAUGGUACCAUCAAGGAGAGCAGCAGCCCAUGGUCCUCUCCAGUGGUUCUUGUCAGGAAAAAGAAUAAUAACUGGAGAUUUUGUGUUGACUACAGGGGCCUCAAUGCUGUGACAAUAAAAGAUUCCCAUCCACUGCCAUGGGUCGAUGACACACUCGACGCCCUAGCAUGGGGCCACCUGGUUUAGCACACUGGACUUCUCAGAUGGCUACUGGCAGGUGAAAGUGGCGCAGGAGGACCAUGAAAAGAUUGCCUUUACCACUGACCAGGGGCUCUACCAGUUCAGAUCCAUGCCCAUGGGGCUCACAAAUGCACCUGCGACGUUCCAGUGGGUUAUGGAGCUGGUGUUAAAGGGGCUGCCUUGGCACGUCUGCAUGGUGUAUCUUGACGACAUAUUGAUAUACAGAAGGUCAUUUGAGGAUCAUCUCUCUGCCCUGGGGUAGGUCUUCUCCUGUAUCAGCGCAGCUGGGCUACGGCUGAACGCCAAGAAGUGUCACCUGGCCCAGGACUACGUGGUCUUCCUUGGGCAUGUCAUCUCUGCAGAGGGGCUUCGCCCUGACCCCAAGAACACAGAGAAGGUGAAGUCAUGGCCUGUGCCGAGAUCUGCCACAGAGGUGCUUGCCUUCUUGGAGCUCUGUUCCUACUACAGGAGGUUUGUGAGGAGCUUUGCCCAGCAAGCCGCUCCCCUCAGUCACCUCAGAGGGAAGGAUGUCCUGUUUCAAUGGACUGCAGAUUGCCAGGAGGUGUUUGAGUUCCUGCAGGACGCUCUCUGUGCUGAACCUAUAAUGGGUCACCCAGACUUCACUCACUGUUUCAUUCUCUACACUGACGCCUCUCAGGUCACUCUGGGGGCAGUGUUGGCACAAGCUGCUGACUGGCUGGAGAAGGUGGUGGCUUACGCUAGUCUCUCCCUCACGGCAGCCGAACGGCAAUGGUCUACGUACGACAGGGAGCUGUGGGCGAUCGUGUGGGCUGUUCGUCAUUUCAGACACUACCUGGGUCUUCGCCCAUUCGCCAUUGUCACAGACCACCGGCCAUUGUUGGGCCUGCGGUGGCUUCCCAUUGAUAACGACAGAACUGGGCGUUGCAGCCGCUGGGCCCUGGAACUGGACCCCUAUGACUUGGUAAUCGUGCACCAAAGUGGAAGUCAACACAUGAACGCAAACCUGACCUCAGUGCAGAGCUAAUGGACAGUGAUCCCCCGGAUGCUACUCACACUCUUGUGCACACAGGUACCCAGACAGUUAUGGACAUUGACUCAAGCACUGUGUGCACCAUAGAGACUCCCACCCCUACCACAGCCCCUACAACAGACCCCAACCCCAGCCCCAGCCCCCAUUUGCCUUCUGACCCCCAGGCUUGUGUGGACCGGGCCCUGAUCUACGCCCUGUCGCCCAUUGGCUCCAAUGUCAAGGAGCUCCAACAGAGUGAUGCUGACAUCAGACAGGUGCUGGCCUGGCUUGAGGAUGGUCAGCGACCCCGUAGGUGGAGGUUAAAGGAGGCUAGUUGGGGUUUAAAGAGACUGUGGCAUGAGUUUCCCCAACUGACUUUCGUUGAUGGAAUGUUGUGCAGGGUUGUGAGGCUGUCUGAUGUGGGGCUAACAACACAAGUGGUGGUCCCUGCUGUCUUGGUCCCCGAGGUCCUCAGGCAUCUGCAUGGCAUGCCUUUGACUGCUCACCUUGCCUAUGAACAGGUCUUGGCAAACGCCCGGAGUUUGUGUUAUUGGCCCACUAUGUACAAUCAUGUAAGACCUUGGUGUGAUCAGUGUUAUGUCUUUCAGAGGAGGACGUGUGACGUCAGAGAGGUGAUGUUGUUGUUAAGAGAGGUGUUCACGUGUGAGGGGAAAAAUAAACUGAGUGUGUGCCGUUUAGCUCAGCCUCCAAAGAGUAUCAUGUUCCUGAGUUUUUGUUCCAGAAAAGAGAGACUCUAGAAGCCCUCAGCUACACUUCAGAACGCUACACUGAUGACGACAAGGCCAGUGAGCUGUUCCUGAGACAUGGUUGACCUUAGGUACGACUUUAUCAACUUCAGUUUUGAGAAGCACCUCUCUGCUUGAGCCUCCCGCGCGACCCCCUCUCCGUUUCAUCUCAUACAGUCUGUCAGCCUCUGUGCAGCAAGCAGGGGCGCCUACAGCAGCAGGGGGCUCCAAUUUGACAAGAGUUAAUACAAAACCGCUUUGCGGUGCAGAUUUAUUAUUAUCUUUUUUCUUUCUUUUUUGGAAGUGCUUGUGCC